AUGAGUGACGAUGAGGAGCCGGUGUCGGGAAACAAGCCGUUGCGCUUGCCCAAGAAGGCGGCAAAAGUCAAAAAUAAGGCUCCUGCUCAACUGCAAAUCACAGCUGAGCAGCUUCUUCGUGAGGCAAAGGAGCGUGAAUUGGAGCUGAUUCCAUUGCCUCCUAAAACGAAGAUCACUGAUCCCGACGAGUUAGCGGAAUUCCAGCGAAAGAAGAGAAAAGAGUUUGAGGAUGGAAUCCGAAAAAAUAGGAUGCAAAUCGCAAAUUGGAUCAAAUAUGGGAAAUGGGAAGAGUCAAUCGGUGAAAUUCAACGUUCACGAUCAGUAUUCGAACGAGCUCUUGACGUUGACCAUCGUUCAAUCACUAUAUGGUUACAGUAUGCUGAAAUGGAAAUGAGAAGUAAGCAAAUAAAUCAUGCACGAAAUAUCUUUGAUCGUGCUGUUACGAUUCUGCCUCGAUGUAUGCAGUUUUGGCUGAAGUACUCCUACAUGGAGGAAGUGGUCGAAAACGUUCCUGGUGCAAGACAGAUCUAUGAACGAUGGAUGGAAUGGGAACCAGACGAGCAGGCAUGGCAAACGUACAUCAACUUCGAAUUGAGGUACAAAGAAAUUGACCGAGCACGUUCGAUAUACCAGCGCUUCUUACACGUCCAUGGAACGAAUGUCAACAAUUGGAUCAAGUAUGCCCGAUUCGAGGAGAAGCAUGGCUAUAUAGGCAAUGCUAGAGCGGUUUACGAGCGCGGCAUGGAGUAUUUUGGAGAAGAUAACAUCAAUGAAAAGCUUCUCGUAGCUUUCGCCCUCUUCGAAGAGAGACAAAAGGAGCAUGAGCGAGCGCGUGUAAUUUACAAGUAUGGACUAGAUCACCUUCCUUCUGAACGUACAGGGGACAUUUUCAAACAUUACACCAUUCACGAAAAGAAGUUCGGAGAAAAGGCUGGUAUUGAAGACGUGAUUGUUAGUAAACGGCGCACACAAUACGAAAAGCAAAUAGCUGAAAACUCUUUCAACUACGAUGCGUGGUUCGAUUAUCUGCGAUUGCUAGAGAAUGAGGAAUGCCCUCGAGAUGAAGUAGAGGAUCUUUAUGAACGCGCCAUAGCAAAUAUCCCUCCUCAUGAUGAGAAACGUUAUUGGCGACGAUAUAUUUAUUUAUGGAUUAAUUACGCUCUUUAUGAAGAAUUAACAGCUCAUGAUAUGGAAAGAACGAGACAGGUAUACAAGGCUUGUCUCGAUAUUAUACCUCACAAAAAGUUUACGUUUGCAAAAAUAUGGAUUAUGUUCGCUCAUUUCGAAAUAAGGCAAAUGGAUUUGUCAGCAGCAAGGAAAAUUCUGGGAGUAUCCAUAGGAAAAUGUCCAAAAGAAAAGCUCUUCCGGGCGUAUAUUGAUCUCGAACUGCAAUUACGUGAAUUUGAUCGAUGUAGAAAGUUGUACGAGAAGUUCCUUGAAUUUUCUUCGGAGAACAGCAACACAUGGAUCAAGUUUGCCGAACUGGAAACACUUCUUGGUGACGUGGAUCGUGCUAGAGCUAUUUUCGAUAUCGCUAUUCAACAGCCGGCUCUAGAUAUGCCGGAGAUUUUAUGGAAAGCUUACAUCGAUUUUGAAAUCAACGCCGAAGAAUACGAAAAAGCACGCGAUCUCUACGAGGCAUUGUUGCAGCGUACGAAUCAUAUCAAGGUUCUCGAUCAAGUUUGGAUCUCGCUCGCUGAAUUCGAGCUAUUCAUAGGAAAUCACGAUGGAGCCAGAAAGGUUUAUGAUCGAGCAAAUCGUGCGUUGGAAAAUGCUGAGAAAGAAGAGCGUUUAAUGCUACUGGAAGCAUGGCUAGAAGCAGAGAAAAAGAUUGGUGAUAUCAACGCCAUACAAAAAGUAGAGAACAUGAUGCCACGCCGAGUGAAGAAACGGCGGCAAAUCCAAACAGAAGAUGGUGUGGAUGCUGGAUGGGAAGAGUAUUAUGAUUACAUUUUCCCACAGGAUCAAGCGGCCAAAGGAUCGUUCAAAUUGUUGGAGGCAGCAGCACGAUGGAAGCGGCAGCGUGAGCAAAUGGCUAAGGUUUGCCCAUCACACAUGGAUCUAACAGAAAGACUACUUAUUCUUUUGCCGUUCAGGAAGCACAGGCAGUUACUGAUGAUCGGGAUAUAG